GCUGGCUGGCUGAGGCUGUCAGUCCUGGGCCGUUUCCCCGAGGCAGGCGCUCUGCUGGGGGCGGGAGGAAGAGGGGCCGAACUGGGGCCUGACUAGCAGUCGCUGCCGCCACGGUCUUCGGGGCUGCUAUGACCAGCGGACGACGCGCCCUCCGCAGCUCCGCGCAGCGCUAGUCGCGGCCGUGCGCCCGCCGUAGCAGUCUGCGUCCCCAGCUCAGCCGCUCCCGCGGCUCCCUUGGCUCUUCCAGUGCCCCCUGCGAGGCGAGGAGACGCGGAGGCAGGAUGAAGAUGACGGUGGAUUUCGAGGAGUGUCUGAAAGACUCGCCCCGUUUCAGGGCUGCUUUGGAAGAAGUGGAAGGAGAUGUGGCAGAAUUGGAACUGAAACUUGAUAAGCUUGUGAAACUGUGUAUUGCAAUGAUUGAUACUGGAAAAGCCUUUUGUGUUGCAAAUAAACAGUUCAUGAAUGGGAUUCGAGACCUGGCACAGUAUUCUAGCAAUGAUGCUGUAGUUGAGACAAGUUUGACCAAAUUUUCUGACAGUCUUCAAGAAAUGAUAAAUUUUCACACAAUCCUAUUUGACCAAACCCAGAGAUCAAUUAAGGCACAACUUCAGAACUUUGUUAAAGAAGAUCUCAGAAAAUUCAAAGAUGCCAAGAAGCAGUUUGAAAAAGUCAGUGAAGAAAAAGAAAAUGCAUUAGUAAAAAAUGCUCAAGUGCAGAGAAACAAACAGCAUGAAGUUGAAGAAGCCACAAACAUUCUGACAGCAACAAGAAAAUGUUUUCGACACAUAGCCCUCGAUUAUGUACUUCAGAUUAAUGUCCUUCAAUCAAAAAGGAGAUCAGAAAUCCUGAAAUCAAUGUUAUCCUUUAUGUAUGCCCAUUUGGCUUUCUUCCAUCAAGGAUAUGAUCUAUUUAGUGAACUUGGGCCCUAUAUGAAGGAUCUUGGUGCACAGUUGGACCGACUGGUUGUAGAUGCAGCAAAGGAGAAAAGAGAGAUGGAGCAGAAACACUCCACCAUUCAACAGAAGGAUUUCUCCAAUGAUGAUUCAAAGCUAGAAUAUAACGUAGAUGCUGCAAAUGGCAUUGUUAUGGAAGGUUAUCUGUUCAAACGUGCCAGCAAUGCCUUCAAAACUUGGAACAGGAAAAAGCCCGAUCAUAUCAGACGCUGGUUUUCAAUACAGAAUAAUCAGUUGGUUUACCAGAAAAAGUUUAAGGAUAAUCCCACUGUGGUGGUGGAGGAUCUCAGGCUCUGCACAGUGAAACAUUGUGAGGACAUAGAACGACGAUUCUGCUUUGAGGUGGUCUCUCCAACAAAAAGUUGUAUGCUUCAGGCAGAUUCUGAAAAACUGCGCCAGGCAUGGAUUAAGGCUGUUCAGACCAGUAUUGCUACUGCUUACAGAGAGAAGGGUGAUGAAUCAGAGAAGCUGGAUAAGAAAUCGUCUCCAUCCACAGGGAGCCUGGAUUCUGGAAAUGAGUCGAAAGAUAAGCUGUUAAAAGGAGAAAGUGCCUUGCAGCGAGUCCAGUGUAUCCCGGGGAACGCCAGCUGCUGUGACUGUGGUCUGGCAGACCCGCGGUGGGCCAGCAUCAACCUGGGCAUCACUCUGUGCAUCGAGUGUUCCGGGAUCCAUCGGAGUCUUGGAGUUCAUUUCUCAAAAGUUCGAUCUUUAACUUUAGAUACCUGGGAGCCUGAACUUUUAAAGCUUAUGUGUGAGUUGGGAAAUGAUGUUAUAAAUAGAGUUUAUGAAGCUAAUUUGGAAAAAAUGGGAGUAAAGAAACCACAUCCAGGACAAAGACAGGAGAAAGAGGCGUAUAUCAGAGCAAAAUAUGUGGAGAGGAAAUUUGUGGAUAAAUACUCUAUGUCAUCAUCACCUCCUGAGCAGGAAAAAAAGAUUGUCUCCAAAAGUUGUGAAGAAAAGAGGCUGAGCAUUUCUAAACUUGGGCCAAGUGAACAAAUUAGAGCAUCUCCUCAGAGUUCAGUCAAAAGUAAUGACAGUGGAAUCCAGCAGAGCUCUGAUGAUGGAAGAGAAUCUUUACCCUCCACAGUGUCAGCCAAUAGUUUGUAUGAACCUGAGGCAGAAAGGCAAGAUUCUUCUGUGUUUCUUGACUCUAAACAUCUUAAUCCAGGACUCCAGCUUUAUAGGGCUUCAUACGAAAAAAAUCUUCCUAAAAUGGCUGAGGCUUUGGCUCACGGCGCAGAUGUGAACUGGUCUAAUUCCGAGGAAAACAAAGCAACACCACUUAUUCAGGCUGUGUUAGGGGGCUCUUUGGUUACAUGCGAGUUUCUCCUACAGAAUGGUGCUAAUGUGAACCAAAGAGAUGUGCAGGGACGGGGACCACUGCACCAUGCCACCGUCUUGGGGCACACGGGGCAGGUAUGUUUAUUUCUAAAAAGAGGUGCCAAUCAACAUGCCACUGAUGAAGAAGGGAAGGACCCUUUGAGUAUAGCUGUGGAAGCAGCCAAUGCUGAUAUAGUGACCUUGUUACGUUUAGCAAGAAUGAAUGAAGAGAUGCGGGAAUCAGAAGGACUGUAUGGACAGCCAGGUGAUGAAACUUACCAGGACAUUUUUCGUGAUUUCUCCCAAAUGGCAUCCAAUAAUCCAGAGAAACUAAAUCGUUUCCAGCAAGAUUCACAGAAAUUUUGAAUUUUUUUUAGACUGGGGAAAGUAGUAAAUCUCGUGACCCCCUAAUGUAUAUAUCUGAAACUCACAUAUUUUUACUGCUUUAAUUCUACUUACUUACUUUUAGUAGCUAUUGAGCGGUUUGGAGAAAAGAUACCCAUUCAUUGAUAUUUUUAUAAAUCAAAACAUAGAUCUCUUAGCAGUUGGGAGAGGAACCUACUUUAAGACUUAUUUUAUUUUAUUUUUUAAAAGCCUGUUUAAAGGGCUGUCUUUUAUAGAGGAAAGUUGAAUCUGGACUUAGGCCAUCUCUAGGUUACAAGAUGCUAAGAAUUUAUACAGAAUAAUCUUUUUUUCCCAAUGAAUGAUGGCAUUGAUGUUUUUCUUCUGUGCACUGUGCCCAGGAUUGUUCAGUCAAGCCUGUCAGCAUCAAGUGGGGAGCCUGAUGUCCUGCCUGAUUCCAGAAUGUGUCUUUGCUUUAGCUUCCUGGAUGUUGGUGGUUCAAAAUAGUUUUUGUUUUUAUUUUUUCUUGGUAGCUAUUAUAUACACAAUAUGUAAUUUAAUUAUUAGAACUAGAGGAUACAUGACCCCAUUUCCUCAUAAAUGUAGUUUAUCCCUCACAUUAUUGUCCAGUACUUUAACAUACAUACAGUGGCUGUACAGAUUGAUAUAACUCAGUCCUUUAGAUUUAUUCCAUUUCAAGAAGCAAAAAAGAAACCGUUGACAAUUUUUUUUUUCCGUUACCAAAAGGAUCUCAUAGAAGUUAUAGUUCUUCAAUGUUGGGUUGAUUUCCUAAAACCUUGACAAUUUUAUUGAUGUAAUAAAACUGUGUUUCAAAGGUUACUUAAAUGUUGCAAAAUUAUGCUUUCAUCAGAUUGUAACUAUCAAAGGAAAAGUUGACAAAAAUAAUGUAGAACAUUUUUAUAUUUGAAAUGUGUCCUUUUCAAGGUACAUUUUUGCUGUUGCUCCUAGUGAAAGGAAAAUCUCUCUGUAAAAGGAGAAAAAAAGACUCAUUUUUUAAGAUUAUACUAAAAUAUACAGCAAUAAAUUGCUUUUUAAUUCUUCUAACAUCUAUCCUAUGUACUUAUUGUACAUGGUAUACAUUCAUUUAAAUUAUAGCAUCUAUGUAGGCUUCCCUGGUGGCCCAGAUGGUAAAGAAUUCACUUGCAAUGUGGGAGACCUGGGUUCAAUCCCUGGGUUGGGAAGAUCCCAUGGAGGAGGGCACAGUAACCCACUCCAGUAUUCUUAUCUGAAGAAUCCCAUGGACAGAGGAGCCUGGGGUGCUGUAGGCCACGGGGCCGCAAAGAAUCGGACACGAAUGAGCGACUAAGCACAGCACAUGUAGCUUUAGUAUUUGGUUACAUGAAUCACAGACCCUUGAAUUCCAAAAUACUAUGGAAUUGGACAGAUAUGCUAUACUAUGGAAAUGUUAAUUUUCUAUGUAUAUGCUACAAAUUUGUUUGAUUCCAUCUUUGAUUGACCUCUCGUCAGGAGUGUAAAAUAAGUAAUUUGCCUUAUGGUUUAUUUUUAAUAUUGUCAUAAUUAAGUUUAAUUUUCUUUUUCAAGUUAUAUGUAAGUAGUGAGAGGUUUUUAAACUUGAGUUACCAAAUAAGUAGAGAAAUUAUAUUUCAUUGGGUAUAUAAUAAAUUUCCUAACAUUUUCCCACCAGUAAGUAGAGUUUUCUAAGUUGACUGAACAUCAAAUCAGAAUCAAAACAGGAAUUAUACUGAAAUAAAUUCACAUCACAGAAAAGGUUCUGUAUUUGUUUGACCAAAUUGCAUGCAUAUAAUGCUUAUUUAGUAAUAACUGCCAUGUAUUAGAUAAAGGUAAAAAAUAUAUGUAUGGAUUAUUUCUAAGGAAAGGCUAAUUUCCAAAACCUUGUAUUUUAAUUGCAACAAUAACAAGAACAUUAAAUCUUCCCUGAAAUCUGAGUCAAAGACCACCCGGCUUUGCAAAAGUCUGAUUUGUAGCAUUUUUGUUAGUGUACUUUGAAAUUAAUUGUCCAGAAAGCUCAAGGAGAAGGAAAUAUAUUGAGAUAAGAAAGAAAGAAACAGAGGAAGAAAGAAAAAAGAAAGAAAAAACAAGAGCCUCACUUUUCCUUUGUAGUGCCUAUUCCAGUUUUGAUCCUAGGAAUCCUUUUGUUCUUUAUCUGAAGAGCCUAGGUAGUUUUCAUUUUGGAUCCAGCCUUUGGUCUCCAGAUCACCUCUGGGGUCUCUGGUUGUGAAAGCAGUUCUUAGAGACUCUUAACUUCUGUGACUUCAGGCAUGAGUUGUUAAUGUGGCAGUAAUUAGUGUCUACUUAAAUUUAAUUGUUAGAGAUGUAUUUGAAGUACACUAAAGAUGAUCAUGGUUCUGAAUAUCUUCAGAAAAUCUUCAAAGAAAGUGAAAGUGAAAUCUUUAACAGUGUAGGGAGUUUGUACAUUGAAAAAUAGAUUUCUGUGGCUUGGUUUCUUGAAUAUGCCAAAACCCAAUUUGGAUUAAAUUUGGCAGAAAUGAUGCAGUAGUAACAGCCAAGUUUUAAAGUAAAUUAAUAAGUUACAAGUAGUUACAGAGUAGGUUGGCUUUUAACCAAGGUGAAUUAACUGUGUCAACUAACAGCUUUUCUAUAGUAUGUAACAAAUCUGAGUUUUAUUAUGCUGUGAAUUAUUCAGUACAGUAUGAUCAGUUACAGUGUAAACAAUGUUAGUUAUAGUCUUGGGCUUCAAAAAUCAAUGUGAUUGUCCUUUGUUUUCUUUCCCUAGGUGAUCUGCUGGUAUUUAGUUUCAGAUCCCUUAUUAUUCCAUUAAUCAUUAUUAGCUUAUUAGCUUAAAAGUUUGAUUUAAAAUAGUCUCAAAAUAAGAGUAGCAGUACUAUGAGGAAUUUAUACAGUGCAGUUUCAUGUUAGAACUAGACUAAAGGUAAUUGUGUAGUUCUUUGUAACUUUUCAUUGUAACACUUAACAUGUUUAAGGUUUCUAAGGUUUUAAAAAAUUACCUUUGGUACAAUUCUUACAAAUUCAGAGAUUUCCAGGGAUUCACUAUAUUACAGUGUUUGCCUAAUUUAUACUGGUCUUCAUUGUAUAUUUUAAUCAACUUUAGUGUUUACUUUGUAAAACAUAUAUAUUUUAUUUGAAAUAUUACUUUGGUUCUUCAUGAGUGCAUUUUGACAAAACACAUACUUUUACAGUCUGGACAACUUAUAUUUGUGAUGCGUUAAGCAGUAUUUUAAAAAUAUAAUUUUACACAUGUGAAGUGUGAUCACAAGAAACAAUUGUAUUUAAGACUAAAUUUACUAUCCGUUUUGAAUAAGACAUUCCCUUAUCACUCAUAUAUUGUUUAAUUAACUUUUCUGUUUGAUGGCACUUUUGACUGUGGACAUGAGCUGGAAAAUGCUAUAUUUUUAUAGAAUUGUCUUUCUAAAAUGAUUUCAGACCUACAUGAUAUAGUGGAAAGAGCACUGACUAGUAAUCAUUACUCUUUGAAGUCAGAGCGCCUCACAAAUAAAAUGGGUUGGAUGAAACAAAGUGAAACUAUAACAGCGGUCUUCCCUAUACUGUUCGCACAGCUCCUCCCAGUGUGCCUUGCCUUCAGUUUAUCUUGCGGGAUCCUCAUGGUUGGACUUCUGAGAUCACCAGCAUUGUCUCUUCUCUGAUCAUGGGCUGCUGCUCUUGUUUCACAGAGCUGGUCUCUGUUUGCUGGUUGGUGGCAUAGCUGACACCAGAACCCUGUCUGACUAGUAGUCAAGAGGCACUCAUAUCAUGAAAUGAUUUGAAAUCAUUAUAAAUCAGCAGUCUAAUAAUGACUGCCAGCUUUCCUUUUGUUUUGGUAAAAAAAAAAAAGACUCCAAAUAUUCUGGAAAACCUGGAUAUAAAAUUACUCUGAAGAAAUAGAUUAAGGUUUGAAGACAUCAAAUUGUAGGGAAUUUUAUAUUUUUGCAAUAACAAACAUUGACAAAGGCAAAAUGUUGUAAAGGUAAUUGUAAUCCACCAUAUGCUUACCAAUUUCUUGAUUCUUCUAAAUGAAGACAGCUAAAAGGGGCAUGGAUUCAGUUUGGUCAAAUCUUGACAUCUAUAAAUACAAUGUUGUGGGCAUCCUUUUCUGUUUCCAUAAAUUUAUCUCCUAAAAUGAGAUAAUGGGAAGAAAGCAAGAUUUGAUUAAAUAAACUUUUCUCUACAUUGCUCUUUUCACUACCUUAUGUACUAGGUUUUCUUAUUUUUCCUCAGCAUACUUCCCAGCCUUUUGGAUAUUCAUUUUAAACAGGGAAAGCUCUCUACAUUAUAAAGAAUAUUGGCACCAUUUAUUUUACACAAAGGCUAAAGGUUAACUUUUAGAAAUGAUGAGCUACUUUCCUCUAUGUGUUUACUUGUGCUUCAUGAUAUUUCUGGAUCAUUCCCGUCAUAAAGACUUAUUACAUGUAAUAUUUCCUGCUACCUGUGAAAAGAUAGAUUUUAAAGAAUGUAUAACCAACAAUCCAUUUAGUUUUUAUUAGCAUGUAGAGGAUUUAUUUGUAUCUAAUUCAUGAAUGUAGUUUUACUAUAGGAUGUCACUGUAAAUGGAACAAAGUAUGUUAUCUUUAUAGUUAUUCUAAGAUGUACAUUAUGUAAGAAUUGUAAAUAUUUACCUGAUUAAAUUCUUUGUAUGCCAAGAAAUUAUGUCAAGUCAAUAAAAAUCUCACCUCUGGCAUAGUU